AUGGAUAUUGAUAUAUUUAGGAUAUCGUUAACCCUAGCUUGUCCUAUGGAUUUACGUCUCUACCCUCUGGAUAAACAAGUUUGUGUUCUACAGAUUGCCAGCUAUGGGUGGGCAACAGAUGAUCUUGUUUACAAAUGGAAGGAUGUUGAUCCUGUUCAGAUUGUUCCUGGUCUUCAUCUUCCAAGAUUUACCCUUGAGCAGUACAAAAGUGCGUACUGCAAUGUAAUAACAAAUACUGGUGAAUACAGUUGUCUGAAGGUUGAACUGAUCUUUAAGCGUGAGUUCUCCUACUACCUCAUCACUAUAUAUGUUCCUUGCUGUAUGCUAGUUAUAGUUUCAUGGGUCUCAUUCUGGUUAGAUCAGAACGCAAUUCCAGCAAGGUUAUCCCUGGGGGUGACUACCCUAUUGACGAUGUCGACGCAAACCUCUGGUAUAUCUGCCCAGCUGCCCCCUGUAUCCUAUACUAAGGCGAUAGAUGUUUGGACCGGGGCCUGUCAGGGAUUUGUAUUCUGCGCGCUCCUGGAGUUUGCUUUAGUUAACUAUGCUAGCAGGUCGGAUAUGCAGCGAGAACGUGCACGUGAACGGAUCGAGAGAGCUCGCAGACAAUGGGAGGUUGAGCAUACUGAUAAUAACCAUACCAACAAUACUUCCAGUUUACCUAGUCAACAUUCACAACAUUCAGAACAUUCACAGCAUUCACAGUACACGGCUCUUCUCUCUAUGCAGAAUGGAGGUGAGGCAUCUACCCCUCGUGUGUCCCUGAGAGGAUACCCUAUAGGAUACCCUCACCCUCCCUCCUACAUGAACCAGUCUACCCCCCUAGAGCGCCCCUGCGAGAUCCAUUUAGCAAGCAAGGGUGGGUUCGGCUGCUACAGAACCAAAUCGCUUCUGUCUAAGUUUGCGAGCCGAGCGAAGAGAAUUGAUGUCAUCUCACGAUUCAUCUUCCCUCUUCUUUUCGCAAUCUUCAACCUUGCAUACUGGCUCUACUAUCUUCUAGCUAAAGGAAGUAACGAAGAUUUCGAAGAUUAACCAAUCAAGCGAAUAUAAAUAGACAACAAUUUAUUUUAAGCAGAUUUAAGAAUUUCCGGUGACUCCAUUUUAAAGGAUAAUCAAUAUUUCAUAUGUAUAUUGUACACCCACUUUUCUCAUAUUUCAGAAUUAAACUCGACAAUGUAAAUAAAAAGAGGUUUCUCUGAAGUAUAAUUCAAACCCUAAUAGAUAUUUAUGGAUAUAAAUCAAUUUUCGAGUUUCUAAUGAUCUUCGCUCUGUGACCAAUAUAUAUAAUAAAGUGAAAUAUUGUAAAUAAUGUUUUUAGAAUUACAAUUUGAGAACAUGACAACUACGAAAUAAUAAAAAUUAACAAUUUGA